AUAACACCCCAUGCAUGCAUUUCACCAUGACCAAACCACGCCUAAACCUAGCUAGCUAAUAAGCUCCAAGGCUCCAAGCAAAGUAAUUAAGAUGACCAUGAAAGUGAAGAGCACCAUGAUGGCUGCUUCCAUGCUGCUCUUCCUCCUCGUCCUCGCCGGCAUCGUCACCGCCACCACCACCACCACCGACAGCAACAUUCGCCUCCCCAGCAACGGCGCCGCCGGCGAAACCGAUGGAAACAAACAGGCGAAAUCCAGACCGUGGGAGUGCUGCGACAACAUCGAGAUGUCCGUGCUCAAGAUCUACCCGCCGCGGUGGCGUUGCAACGACGAGGUGAAGCAGUGCGCCGCCGCCUGCGAGAACUGCCUGCAGCUGGUGCCCGGGGCCGGCGGCGAAGAUGUCGUCUUCGUCUGCGACGACUGGUACCCGACCACCAACCCUGGCCCCGUCUGCACGCCGCGGCCGUGGGGCGAUUGCUGCGACAAGGCCUUCUGCACCAGGUCUCUCCCACCGAUCUGCCACUGCGCCGACGAGGUGGCGUCGUGCGCCGCCGCCUGCAAGGAGUGCGACAUGGUGAAUUCGUCGUCGGAGCCGCCUCGCUAUAUCUGCCGCGACCACUUCACCGGCGAGCCCGGGCCCAUGUGCGCAUGAACUGAUUAACUAUAGCUAGCUAUAUCAAGCUAGCUGAUUAUAUUGAUCCUUUCACCAAUAAAUAUAUGUUCGCGUCGUUCGCGAUCGAUCGAACGAUCAGUCUGCGUGUGUUCUAGCUUGUUCGUAUUCGUACAUACGUACGUGUGUACAAUUUGUCUGUGUGUUGUGUCUAUCGUGUGGUUUGAUGUUGGUAUGCGUGUUAUGUCAUGUGUUACGAAGUUAUCAUGAUAAAUAAAAGACGAAUGAGAGAUCUAUUCGUCUAUCGAUAUCCA